GCUGCGCAGCUCUGCCCUCUAGAAGAGACGUGCUGCAGAAGCGCAGCUUUCCGGGCUCGUGGAAGAAAGAGGACGGGAGGUGGGGUGACAGGCUCUGGUCGCCUUCGCUCGGAGUAAGUCCCGUUCUCUGGGGCUUGCACUUUCUGAUUUUAUUUCCCGCAAAAGUUGGAAAGAUUGGAGUUGUCCUGCAAGCCCCCCCCCCGGCCACUUGUUGCCUUUCCUCCGGUCUGCAGAAGGCAUUCUCGUUGUGGACCGUUUGAGAGUUGUGUUUUAUGGACCAGUUGGGGAUGUCUUUUUGAGAUCGGGAAAGUUUGCUCGCCUGUAUCAGACGUUCACAAAAUACUGACAGCGCAAUAGAACAGACUAUCUAAGUGCAGCUUACUUUCGAGCAAGCGUGCGGAAGAUUGCACACCUAGAUACAGUUGAUGGGCCAGGGAGUGGGACGGCCAGACAGAAGCAAGAGCAUCAGGCUGGAAGAGUAUCAGACAAUGACUGCGGAGGAGCAGGAGGAAGAGGAGGAGGAGGAGGAGUGUAGAGCGGAUGCUGUGGAGAAGCACAGUCAGCAGCUCAAAGCCAUAUGUGGAUUGGCUGACUUAAAGAAUGAAGCUGUUGGCCUGUACAAUAUUGGACUCAGCUGCUGCCUCAACUCUUUGCUUCAGGUUUUCUUCAUGAACAGACAUUUCACUGCAAUACUCCGGAGGAUCAAGGUGCCGUUUGGAGCUGCAGAUCAGAAAUGGAGCGUCCCUUACCAAAUGCUCUUGCUUUUAGAGGAGAUGCAGCGGGGCAGACACGAAGCGGUGCACCCCGUGGGUCUUGCCAGAUGCCUUUCAAAGCAUGAAGUCAGACUGUUCAUUCUCUAUGAUGCUUCUGAACUCUUCUUGAUCCUCUGGAACCUAAUUAAGAGCCAAAUCAUAAAUUUAGAUCUGGCUGAAAGUCUGGCGGGUCUAUACACCAUCCAGUUGCAGGAGAGCUUGGUGUGUCAGAAGUGCUCGCUCGAGACAAAGAACAGCAGCAACAUGCUUAUGCUCCCUCUCCCAGUGUUUGCUUAUGAUUCUCUUCCGAUCAGGACCUUGGAAGAUGCACUGCGCUGCUUCUUCGCACCAGAACACCUGACGGGGGACAGCACAUGCCACUGUGAGCGGUGUGGCAAGAGAACUCCGUGUCUGCAGGGCAUGAAAGUAACCUGCCUACCUCACAUCUUGACCCUGCACCUGAAGCGUUUCUGUUCCAAGAACAGUGGCAGGACUCAGAAGAUCAGCCAUUAUUUGUCCUUCCCUCGGAAUCUAGACUUCAACGAGAUUCUGACAGCAGAACAGUAUCAGCCAGGCGCUUUGGAGGAGGGCAGUGGACUUUAUGAUCUCUUUGCAGUUGUUGCACACUCGGGAUCAGCCAACUUUGGCCAUUACUGCGCGUAUAUUUGGAGUCUAACAGAACACAAGUGGUAUUGCUUCAAUGACUCCAGUGUCUGCCAGGUGUCCUGGGAUGAUGUCAGGUGUACCUUUGGCAAUGCAGGUCUCCGCUGGAGUGAAACAGCCUAUCUUCUGGUUUACCUGAAAAAAGAGUUGGCAGCUGCAGUCUGAUCCACAAAGUUUCAUUCUGCAUGGAUAUCUUUAACUGGUCAUAAUGUGACUGUGCUCAGAAGGAGACAGAGCUGACACAUGAAGCAUCUUUCCCUACAGUCUUGGAGAACUGUGCCAUCUUCAUUUCCGGAGGGCUUCCUUGACUGCUGAAGCAUCACACGACUUUCCCUGGGGGAAAAGGCAUUUCUGCAGAAGGAGCAAUACGUAGCAAUUUAGAAAGAGGGAGUCCUAUGUCUCAUUUGCCUUCUCUGAACAAUACCUUCUGGCAUUCUCCCGGAGUGUGCGUCUACAAUACAACUUUGUAUGGGCUUUAUUCUGCUUGAGAGUAAAUAGAUUUUCACUAGAGAAUGUUAGGAAUUCUAGUUGGAUGAGAAUUCAUUUUAAGAGGUUUUAACUGUCCUUUCCUGAGUAGUUUUCAGGAUUUCCUGGGAAGAGGCAAUGGAGAAUUAAACCAGUUAAGUGAUACCAUAGAACUCGAGCACAGCAUCCCAACUCUACAUGAACUCCACACCAACCUUUUUAUAGAACAACUCUUCUUCCAAAGCCACAAUACAGAUACCCAUGAUGUUCAACCAGCACCCCGUGCUAAGAGAGUUUCAGGUGGGUAGCCAUGUUGGCUGCAGUAGAAGAGCAAGAUUUGGAUCCAGUAGCAUCUUAAACAACUAGAUUCCCAGUGUGUGAGCUUUCAAGAGUCAGAGCUCCUUUCUUGAUACAUUUAGAAGUGGAAAUAUGUAGGGUUUUUAUCCAGCUAGAAGGUGGGAAGGGUAUUUUAAAGUAAGGUUGUGAGGUAUAACAAUACUAUAAUUAGCUUAAUAGAGUUGGGAUGUGAGAAGCAGAAAAUCGGCAUCUGUAGUGAGAGAAGAAUCCAGUGUCUCUGUUAAGCCCUGGACUGUCCAUUGUUAGUGAACUUAAUGGACCAAGGAACACCAAGGUUGCAUACUACUCAUGGAUGUCAAAACCAACUGUUCUAUUAGGUAUCCAAUGUCAUUGUUCCAUAUUCUGCUCCUGGAAGGUAGUGUCAUAUCCCUGUAGCCAUCCCCUUCUGCCUUUAAGGAUGCAAAAUAUUGCACAGGACCAGGGCAUACAUCUAGCUGAGCCAGAUAAUGGUUAAAUUCUUAAUCGCCAGCAUGGAAGGAAAUUUCAUAUGUGCUCAUUAUAUUUUAUCUACGCCAAUGUUUGAAACAGAUCUGUGUGAUCUUGGACACCUAUCUGUACCUGGAGCGUGGACAAGAUGGAGUCAUCUUGGCAACGAUGUUCUA